CUUCCCCCCUCCCCCUCCCGCCCCGCAUCACACAGAUGUACGCACCGGCACCGUCGGCGGCAUCGUACCAACCAGCGGCGGGCCCGUCACGGACGGCCCUCCCAAUGUCUUCCUUCCCGUCACCCUCAGUCACGCAACAGCGUCAGCGGCCAAAUCUAGACCAAGUCGCAUCUUGGAACGAGCUCAACGGCUACGGACAAGCACCCUCAAGCUACAACGCAGGCCCAAUGUCCCAGCCCCAGUCGUCGUCCCAAGGCGCAAACGGCGUCGGCGUCCGACGAGGACCGUCCGUGGACGAGUCCCAAGCGAAGCGCAACCCCCUCGAUGACCUUGUCGAGACGGAAAAGGUCUACGUCGAGCAGCUGACGCUUGUCAUUCGGCGUGUCGCUGCCGCCUGGUCAAGACGCAACCUCCCACCCCCAAAGCUCGACGCCAUGUUCCGCUGCAUCGAGGCAGUGUACAGGGCCAACCGUGCCUUUGCCGUGCGGUUGAAGGACAUUGCAGCCAACCCUGCCAAUGCAAAGGCGCUGGGAGACUUGCUGAUGCGAUGGAUUGAUGACCUCGAGCCCUCAUAUGGCCGCUACGGCACCAUCUACCUCUCCGGCUUCGACUCGUACCAGCCCGUCUCGGGAAACCCAGGCCUCGCACCGAUUCUCGAUGAGGUGACAAUCUCGUGUCCACCCUCGCCGCCCGUGCAGCGUUGGACUCUGGACGCACUCUUCAUUCUUCCCUACACUCGCUUGCGGUACUACCGAAAGCUCUACACUCGUCUCCUCAAGAACACUCAGGAGGGACGCAGCGACCACAGGCUUCUCGCCAACGCCAACGAGCGUCUUGAGACUCUGAUCGCAGACGUUGAACGCAGGCUGGAGCUCGAUGUCUCAGAGGAAGACCCUGCAACCGCCAACCCGAACGGCCGCGCCGCCGCCCCUGCCCUGGAGCAGGCUUGGCCGAAUGAGAAGCAGCAACUCCAGUCUCGCAACAGCGGAGGUAACGGUAGCUCGGCGGACACACACUCGCAGGCUUCGUCUUCGUUCACCAGUCGCAAGGAAAGCAGCCGCACCUCUGCUACCUCCGCACCGCCAAGCACUGCAGCCUCCCCUGGCCGCGCCCCUCCCUUGACCGUGACAACUGCGGACUCUCCGAUCACUGACUUGGAGCUCCGCAUCGACACGGAGCGCACCAUCGAUCUGUUCAGCAUGCAACCAAGGAAAUGCAAGCUGCAGAUGAACGCCCCAGGCCUUACCUACUCGCGCCUCGUCCGCUCAUCUCACGACGCGACCGUCUUCUUCACGCCUUCGUCGACCGGCCAGCAGGUGGUCCACCGCCGCGCCCACAUCUUCAUCCUCACCGACCUCUUUCUGAUCACUGACCGUAUGGAGGCCAGUGAGAAGGCAGCCAAGGCGCAGCAGGUCGCACGAGAGCAGCCAGAACGCGUCGGAGAGCGAGGUCCCAUGCCGGAGAUGUGGUUGGCCUACCCGCCGCUGGCGGGUAAGCACUUGAUGGUCGUGGAGGGCCAGCAGAGCAAUGUCCUCGCUGUGACCGUCAUGCGAAAGGAGACGUUUGUCAUCCACGCAACCUCGGAGAUUGAGCGCGACCAGAUGGUCAAGAGCAUCCAAGAGUGCAUCGACUUUGCUUCUGGCAAGUCCCGCACUGCUCCGCCCACACCCGUUUUGCCUUCGCCCGUGUCCCACACGCCACCCAUGGCCAACACGCCUCCGAUGCCUUCGAUGGAUGGUCCUCGCUCGGUGCCUAGGAUCGACACCAACCCUCCCGCGCGCUACCCCAGCCCCAUGUCUCCCGUCUCCAACAGCUCGCACGGCCAUUACCCAGAUGCAAGCUUGACGGGCCACAUGCAAAACAUGUCGCUCAACCAGGGCGGCGACUGGACCAACCCGAACCCGUCAGGACCUCCGCCUAGAGGUGCCAGCCUUCGUGGUCGCAACGACAACACGCUGUCUCCUGGACAGAUGAUGUCUCCGGGAGCGAUGCCUGGUCAACACCCACCGUCGCCAAUGAUGCCUGAGAACCCCCGUGCCAUCUCGACGCGGUCGGCCCAGUCCAACUUCUCUGCUGUCUCGGCUCUGUCAACGCAGUCUAUGCCUCCAAACAUGAACCGCCCACCGCCUCAGCCGAUGUACAAUGGCCAGCAGGGCCCGUACAGCGACCAGGGUCAGUUUGGCAACAUGGCACCGCCACCAGUUCCCAAGGGCCCAGCUCAAGGUGGCCCCUCGUACAAUGACUUUGCGGCGCCGACACCGCGCGGCCCACCUGGACCACCACAGGGCCAGGGGAUCCGCCUUCGCGACGACCUGCCCCCCAUUCCCCAGAUCCGUGCCAACGGCUCACAUCUCUCGGACGUUGGCGCGCCGUCUGGCUACCCGGACCACUUCCAGCAUGCGCCGCCUAUGCGGUCGCGCUCUGCCGAGCCAUUCCGUCCACCCGAGGCUGUGCAGGCACCGUCAGCGCGGAUGGGGACGUUCCACGAGAUGCCGCAGCACCAAUACCAGCAGCAGCAGCAACAGCAGUACCCGGACGAGGAUGACUCUCCUCCGGCCUCUCCGACCGAGGAGGUGAUCACUGCACUGUCAGGCCCUACGACUGUCACGGCUCAGAUGAAGUGCAAGCUCUUCCUCAACAACGGUCACCAGCAGUGGAAGUCGCUCGGCUCGGCCAAGCUCAAGCUCUUUGUUGAGCAGGCGCGCAACGUCAAGCAGCUCGUUAUCGAGUCAAACAAGAAGGUGCUCGUCUCAACCAUCGUCCUGACGGACGGCGUGGAGCGCGUUGGACGAACCGGCGUUGCGAUCGAGCUUUCGACCAACGGCCAGCGCUCUGGUCAUGUUUACAUGAUUCAACUUCGGAACGACGCCUCUGCCGAUGGCCUGCACGAGUCGCUCCUCGCUGGUUCGGAUCGUGCACGCAACCACUAAGCGCAUGGUGGCGCUCGACGUGGCUCGUUCGAUCUUCUAAUUUUCUUCAGCAACCCUCCCCUGCACCCCACCAAAACACCUACAUGACACACCUUUGAUUGUGUUGACCAUCAACCCUCGCUCCAUUCAUACCCACUCAACACGACCAACCUCAUCACGACACGCUCGUCCCCCCCUCAACCUCCCUCGCCAUACAACCAGUAGACCAACCCCCACCCUUUACAUAACUGUCGAUAAACACAUUUGGGCAUUUAGAUGUUCACAUUUUUAUACACGUCAAUCCACAUGGACCAUUGAUGCAUUACUUCACAG